GCGUUCCCCACGGUACCUGCCUGCCUGCCUACCAUUCAGUACUAACGCGAAGGUUGCGCGACAGCUUUGCGGCGAGGAGCUGAAAUAAAAACACCUGGGAGACGUUCAGUGUCCGUCCUUCAUACCGACAAGAUGCGCAUUUGGAUUUAAAUUUUCCCUUUUCACUCUUUUUUUUUUGGCCAUUGGUUUUCCUAUUCACCGAUAAAGGAGCAGACGGUGGAUUGUGCUCCCGUUGCUGAGCAGAUAUCCCUUAAUUUUGUCCCUCAAGAAAAUGGAUCUGGGAAUGGCAGUGCCUUGAUAAGUAGCGUCUUUGGAAUCUUUCAUCAGCUGAAUUCAUUGUUAAACAGAAAGAACUCAAGCCUUCUUGAAAAAUUCUCUGGAAGAUGGACCAAUAUGCACUACUCAUGAUCAUCUUUAUCUUUGUUUUUGAAACAAUGAGUUAUGCCUUAAAACCUGCAUUAGAGUUGGAUGUCACACCCAGGACUACAGUGCUGUAUAGUGGACUGAUUGGUGCCCAGAGAUACAGAAGCUCUGCUGUUAACUACAGUGUAUUUUUACUGGAAGAUAAAGCAGGCAUCCUAUAUGUUGGAGCCAGAGGGGCUGUUUUUGCACUCAACACCAGCAAUAUUGCCAAUGGCAAAGACAGAAUGAUUUAUUGGGAAGCAUCCAUGAACAAUAAAACAGCUUGUUGGAAGAAAGGAAAAGAUAAUAAAACGGAGUGCUUCAAUCACGUUCGAUUUCUGCAGAGGUUCAAUGAAACUCAUUUGUACAUCUGUGGGACCUAUGCCUUUCACCCUCUCUGCACAUACAUAGACAAGAAAGAGUUUCGCCUCUCUUCUCAGUUUGAGGAAGGGAAGGAGAAGUGUCCCUAUGACCCUUCCAUUGGAUAUACAGGACUCUUUGUUGAUGGGGAAAUGUAUACUGCAACACAAUAUGAUUUUCAUAAUGUUCCUGAUAUUAGAAGAAAUUUUCCUUAUCCUGUGCUGAAGACUGAGACGAUUCCAACACGCUGGUUGUAUGAGGCAGAUUUUGUGGGCUCUGCCUUGGUAAGAGAAAGUAUCAACAGCUCUAUUGGAGAUGAUGAUAAAAUUUACUUUUUUUUCACGGAGAAGAGUAAUGAAGAAAAUUCUUUCUUCAAACAACUUAAAGUGGCACGUGUAGCACGUAUUUGUAAGGGUGACUGGGGAGGUCGGCGUACCUUACAGACAAAGUGGACAUCUUUUCUUAAAGCACGACUAGUCUGUUCUAUUCCAGACUAUGAUUUUCAUUUCAACAUUUUGCGCAGCAUUUACAAAUUAGAGGAUGGUGGUGACUGGCAAAACAUCGUAUUCUAUGGAGUAUUUGGAUCACAGUGGAAAAAUGUAAAAGCUUCUGCAGUUUGUCAAUAUUCAAUUAAAGAUAUCCAGAAAGUGUUUAAUGGUCCUUAUGUGGAGAAUCAGGACACCAGUCUGAAGUGGAAUGAGCACACGGGUGAAGUUCCUCAGCCACGACCUGGUGCAUGUAUAACAGAUGAGUUCAGAGAGAAAGGUUAUAACACAUCAACGGACCUGCCAGACAAUGUUCUUAAUUUUGUCAGGAGACAUCCCCUGAUGUUUCAGCAAGUAAGACCAAUGGAAAAUCGGCCACUUCUUUUCAAGAGAAACGUGGACUACACUAGAAUAGCAGUACAAAGAGUAAUAGCUUUGGAUAAACAGACAUACAAUGUGCUUUUUAUUGGAACUGAUGAUGGAUGGCUGCAUAAGGCAGUAGAAAUUGGUUCCCAGAUACAUAUCAUUGAGGAAAUGCAGUUGUUUGAACAGCCACAGCCAGUUGAAAACAUAGUAAUCUCAAAAGCACAGAGAUCUUUGUACGUUGGUUCCCAGAGCAGUGUGUUACAGCUUCCUUUUUCAGCUUGUCAGCGCUAUACUUCAUGUUUUGAAUGCAUUUUUGCAAGAGAUCCAUACUGUGGCUGGAAUGAAGGGAUCUGCGUUGAUAUCACAAUUGGUGUAAACAGAGUCGGAUCAACACAGGAUGUUCAAAAUGGAAAAUUAGGAUGCCAGAAUAGUACAGCUCAAGACAACAUAAUCCACAAGAGGCGAACUGUGUUGAAAGGUGAUGAUGUCCUCCUGCAGUGUGAACUCAGCUCCAAUCUAGCUACACCCAGAUGGAAAUUCGGAGGUCAAGAUAUUCCAAUCUACGGCAAGGAUGGAUAUCGUAUUGGUACAGAUGGCCUGCUUAUUGUUGAGUCAAGGGUUGAGCACACUGGAAACUAUAGUUGUUAUGCCAUGGAGAAUAACAUUUUGUUCUUGGUAGCCACCUACACUGUUCAAGUACGCAGUGAAUUUCCACCAGAAACUGUGAAGCCAACAAUUCCCCCAACGCAAAAUGAGUCUACCACUCAGACCCUACCAGUAGAUCCUCCAAAACCAGAGUAUCAGACCUUCAGAACUAUGGAGGCUAUGUACAUAUCCCUUAUCACUGUACUGGCUGGCUUAUGCUUUGUCUUAACAGUGGUUUUAUUAUAUCUAGCUUUCUGCAGUCAGCCUCACCAGAGAAAACGUAUGGUUCAAGGAUCAGGAAGAAAUAAGAGAAGAGGAGGCUCUCUUGUUGAACUACAAACUAUUUCUAGCAACUGUAGUAACAAGCAAGACGGACACAUAUCUGAUGGCUUUUUACAGAUUGUCCCAGGUGAAGGUCAAGUACUACCUAACAAAGACCCCCCUCCACCUCCACCUCUACCACCUCCACCUCCUGCUUCAGAGUUUGCAAAUGGGUUGUCAGCCACUCUACCAAGUGUUCUUCGCAAAAUGAAUGGCAACAGCUAUGUCCUUCUCCGGCAAAGUGAACCUGAGUCAACAUCACCUCACUAUUAUCCUUUUACUGAGGAGCUUAACAAAAUGUUAGAAAAAAGGAAGCACUUAAAUCUGUUACAGAAACCAGAUGAAAGUUCUGUUUAACUCAUUCUCAUUCAUAUCUUUGCAUGCUCUUCAAGUGCCUAAGAUCUUUAUUAGCUGCCCUCAUAUGAACGUUUUACAAAUCAUUUGAAAAUGUCAUAGGCAUAGCAGCUGCAGCCAGCCAAAGAAUGUUUUGGUGGAAAGAAAUUAAAACAAAACAAAACAUAAAAACAGCUUUCAUAGUGUUGUGGAAAUUUCAAGGAGGCACAGAUAAUACUGGAAAUAUGAAGCUGUUUCAUUCAAAUAUAUUUGUAAUGGAAUGCAAAUCUACCUCGAAUAGUAGGGAAAAGAUAACUGUGUCUCAUUUGCUUCUGAUGAGUUUGUGUAUUUUCAGUACAUGAUCCUGUGAACAAAAGCUUUAUUUAGCUUACAGAAACUAAAGGGAAAAGACUUACUUGGUAGUUGACUUUUGAAUGUUUGUCACAACAUCAGAUAUGAAGUUGGAUACAUCUUAUCCUUUUUUAUGUGAAUUCAGAAAACUAUGAACAUUGAAUAGAUUGACAUCUUGUAAAUAUAUAUUUUUGUACUUCAUAAAUUUAUUCUGAUAUAUCUUUACUAAAUGUUAACAGAAGACAGUAAGAUUUUUAUGGUGAUAAAUAAUAGUCCAUGACAUAAAUAAUGUAUAGUAUACUAGAAAUUUAUAUUUCUUUAAACCCUCAGAAAUAGUUUGAGGACUUCAAAAAUAUUAUAACUAUAUCUUAAAAUCCCAACUCAAUUUAAAAAAUACUGGCUUAUUAUUAAACACAUCAUAUUUCUGGCUUCCGAUAAACUAUCAUUAUAUUACUUACAGUGUUUUAAGCAUUGCAUGAAACGGAACACAGAAUGAGCCAAGAACAAAUGCAUAUUUAUUUGCAGUAGGUUCUCCUUCCACAGUCUUGUGCAGAGUUUGUCCAAUAACUUUGAUAGACCUUUAUCAUAUUUUGCCUCAUAUGUGACAUGCAAGUAAGACAUGAGUCUAGGAUUUCCUAGAUAUCAAAUUUUAAGCAAUUGUCUUAAAAUAUCAAGGAUGUUUAAAGUUUUUUUGUCAGUAUUAACUUUAUAUCACUGCCACAAGGAAGGCAUCAGUUAAAACAUUUUUUUACUUGAUGACUGGGGAAGUUUAUUCUGGGACCAAAAGAAAAAUGAAAUUCAUGAAAAAUUAAUGGGUGAAGAAAACCAUGGUACUAUAUCAGAUCACUGCACUGGUCAUUCCAUCGAUCAAGUGAACAGGUAAGUUGUUUGUUGCAUUUAUGGCUUGUUUAGUUCAAUUUCCCUUGUAAUAUCAACCCUCGCGAGAAGUGCUGGUCAGACUCAGAUGACUAUGCAUCUUUGCUGCCUGCAAAAAUUUUUUGAUAGUUAUGUGGUCAAUGUGUUAAAUAACUGCCAGCAACAAACUUAUAAUAAGACAGAUGUGUUUCUCCUAUUUAAUUUGAUAAUAUUUGAUAAGACUUCUCAAGGAAAAGAAAAAUGUUACUUAGAGCAGCCAUCCUCAUGUAUUUCUAAGCUACAGUAUGUAAUGUUAAAAUGGGCAACAACGCGACAAUGCAGCAAUCAGCACAGCUGUCUCACAGAUUGAGGGACCAGUGUGAGGAACAGUGCAUAAUACCUUUGUAUGCUUAGUUUGUUCACAUGGGAUAAUCUGGUUUCCCAAAGAUUUGUAUAUUAUGUGUAUAUGUGUAUGAAUAUACCCUUUGUUGAAGUGUUGUCCUAUCCAUUGAUGUAUCCUGCCAGUAAGAGUUCCAGCUCCCUAUGAUUUUUCAUUGGACAAAGAUGGUUUAGAAAAGAUAUAAAUGGAAUGUGUUAAUGAAAGCAGAGGAAUUACAGUAUAGUACAGACAUCAUUUGUAUUUCCCCAUUGUUACUGCUGUUGCAGUUUGUAUGGAACACAUUAAUUAAUAUAGGUUACAGUUUUUUUUAUUUCUUAAAAUGUAAUGAAUAAAUACUACAUAAUCAGCCUCACUCUUGCUUUGAUUAGGUACAGUGAAUGAAUCUGCUAGUAACUUAAUGAUGAAUCAGUUUAUAUUGAAAAUCAAUCUAAAUAAACUGCUAAAAAAAAUUAAGGGAGCACUUAAAUCAUAUAUCUCGGUGAGUGAAAUAUUCAAGUGAAAAAUCUUCACUGAGUAAUACUGUGUAAUAUGUUGAGAACAAAAUUAUGUAACAACAGUCAAUGUAAACCAAAAUCACCAGCCCAUGGAGCGCUGAAUUCAACAUCACACUGAAAAUCUAAUUCCAAAAUUAAAAUCACAUUCUGAUCCAACUUGUAUCAAUUUCAACAGGACAACUCAUAAUGUGACGCAGUAGUAUGUAUGACCCAUAUGUGCCUGUAUGCACUCCCAACAAUGUUGGGGCAUGCUCCUGAUGAGACAGCAGAUGCUGUCCUGGGUGAUCUCCUCCCAGACCUGGACCAGGGCAUCAGUAAACUACUGGAUAGUCUGUGGCGCUACUUGGCGAUGUUGGAUGCAAUGAUACAUAAUGUCCAAGAGGUUCUCAACUGGAUUCAGGACUGGGGAUUGUGUGGGCCAGUCAAAUGGCAUCAGUGCUUUCGUCAUCCAGGAACUGCCUAUACACUCUGGCCACAUGAGUCCCAGGCAUUGUCCUACACCAGGAGGAACCCAUGGCACCCUGCACCAGUGUAAGGUCUGACAAUGGCUUCAUCCCGGUACCUAACAGCAGUCAGGAUACCAUUGUCUAGCAUUUGGAGUUCUGUGCUACUCUCCAAGGAUAUGCCUUCUCAGACCAUCACUCACCCACUGCUAAACCGUUUAUGCUAGAUGAUGUUGCAGGUUGCAUAAUGUUCACCACGGCAUAUCCAGACUCUUUCAUGUCUGUUGUGUGUGCUCAGUGCAGACCUUCUCUUAUCUGUGAAGAGAUCAGGGCAGCAAUGGUGGAACUCCAAAUUUUGGAAUUCUCUAGCGAGUGAGGAACUGUAAGCACAGGUCCUGCUAGAGGACAUCAGCCCUCAUGCCACCCUCACGGAGUCUGUUUCUAACAGUUUGGUCAAAAACAUGCACACCAGUGGCCAGCUGGAGGUUAUUUUGUAGGGCUCUGGCAGUGCUCCUUAUUUUUUUCCUCACACAAACAAAUAUUGGACCUGUUGCUGGGUUUGAUGUCUUUUUACAGCCUUGUCCAGCACUCCUCAUGUAACGGCCCAUCUUCUGGUAUGUCCAUGUUCUUGAGACUGUGUUAGAAGGCACAGCACACCUUCUUGCGAUGGUACAUAUGAAUAUGCCAUCCUGGAGGAGGUGCACGACCUGUGCAACCUGAAUCAGCUGCAGGUACAGACUUGUGCUACCAGUAGAGACAAGAACACUAGUAAACCAUAAAACUAGAGAGGAAUCAGUCAGGAAGGAUAAGGAGAGAGCAAUUGUCUGUGGCCACCACCUGCUAAACCAUUCCCUUUUUAGGGGAUUGUCUGCCUGUUGCCUUUUCAGUGUCCAUGUUGUCACUUUAAUUUGCACCAAUGCAGGUGAAGUUGAUUCAGAAUUCCUUAUGCUUCCAAACUGGACAGAUUGCUAUCCCUGAAGCUUAAUUGACUUGGUGUUAGACUGUGAUAAUUAAGUGUUCCCUUAAUUUUUUUGAGUAGUAUAUAAUCAUGAGUAUUCUUUAUGUAUUUUCUAAAUGGAUGAUUACUGUUUGCGAAAUAAAUAAAUAAUGUACAGUAUUUCGGUUGCAAAGUACAUUUAAGUAUUAACAGUAUAUAGAACCUUACAUAUGUUAAGUUUAACACUCAUUAGCACUCAAGAGCAUUGUCAAAAUGAUAUUCUAAAUAUAUUGCAAUUUUGAAUUUUAAACUAUUUAUGAAGGGGCUUUUAUGUGUUGGUGUAUUGCUGUGCUCUCACACCUCAAAGCAUCUCAGCUUGUAGUUUCGCAUUGUGGUCAACUGCCAGUGGUCUGUCAUAAACUCACAACAAGUGGCUUAGAAACGUUCUCCUUGCUUGCUGGUGAUUAUUGGCUGAGCUCACUUUCUCUCGGCCCUGACCUUUCUAGCUCAACAAUGCCACUGCAGAAGAUUUUGAGUAUUCAAAAGUGUAUUUGCCUACAAGUACUCAAUUUAUUAUUACAUAUUAUACUAAUAUAGCAUAACAUUCUUCUUCCCAGUUAAUUUAGUUUAGAGUCAUAGAGGUGACAGUGGUAUAGCAUGUCCAGGCAGCAUUUUGUGUAGGUUAGGAACCAUGACUUUUGUCAUUUGUAUUGGAAUUACAUAUAGUGGUUCAAGAACAAUGUUAUAACUCAAAUAAUUAAUUACACUAUUGCCCCAUUUUAAUAUGUUUAUUAAUAAGGCCACUAAUUAUGUUAAACAUUGUAUACAAUACAACAUUAUAGUCUCCAAAGCCAUUUUAAUGUAAAAUAUCAAAGAUGGACAAAAACUGAAGAAUUUCAUGCAGUUUUGCUAACUUUGGUUUGGAAGCUUUUACAAAAUAUAAUUGUCUGUAUAUGCAUCACCAUUUAGAAUAGAUAGCACUUUAUUUGUCCUCAAGAGGGAAAUUUGGCUUUUACAGAAGUUCAAUAUAUACUGUAUAUUAUGACAAACCACAAACCCCUCUCAAAUGCACACUAGAAUGAUUACAAAGAAAGAAUAACUAAAAAGAAAGUCAGUUAUUUCAAUAAAGAAAAAAAUAUUAUUUAUUCCAUAUAUUUAUAAACAGUAUUUUUAAACUUACUUCAGACAAUUAAAAUAAACAACAAAAAUGAAAAGUUCUGGAAAAGUUUCAAACAAAAUAUAGCACUAAAAUACCAACAGUUAAGAAACAAAAGCUGUGUAUACCUGUUAUGUAAGUAGUUUUUGACAACCCUUGUUGACUUGAACACUGGAUAAUUAAAUGAAUGAUGAAUGAAAUAUGUUUUGAGUUGGUUUAGGUAAGUGCCCUUAUGAGACAGGAAUAUCCUCUGCCCUGUCCUCACCCUCCAAGUGUCUAGGGAACUAGUAGCAGUGCUGAGGUUUGGAACAUGGAUGCAGAGAACAAAAAAGCAAAUAAUCAAGACUAUAUAUAGAUAUAGUUUUUGUUAAGUACAAUUUUUGUCAGUUGCAGAAAUUAUGUCUUUGUUAGAAUCUUUUAUUUUAUUCUAUUUCUAAACAAUUCUGAUCAAAAGUUUUUUAUUUUAAAUUUUCUUUUCAAUUUCCUAAUUAACCUAUCUGCUGUUUCAUAAUACCCUCAUUUUAGCACUUCGGGGACUGCUUUCAUCCAUUGCAGUUGACUAAUUAAUUAGCUGCAGUCUUUAAAAUGCUCUUGACCUUGUUUUGACUGAAUAAAGCGGCCAAGGGAAUUAAUUCUGCAAAUUGACUUCAAAACUCAUAAUACAUUUGCCAAAUUGCCCAAGAAGAUUUUAAUAUACGAUUGAAAUAUUUGCAUUUAUAUUUUCAGAAACAAGCAACCUGCUUACUUAUUCAUAGCAUCUCACUGUAUUUCUUUACUUGCAGGGUUCACAAAACCAACUUUCCAGCUGUAAAAAUGCUCACCAGAGUGAAGAUAUGGGUUACUGCACUGUUACACUACUAGACAUCAGUCUGAGUUUGAUUUGGGAAACAAAGAAAAAAAAUUAAAAUUGGUGAAACUUGUCUGUCUGAAUAAUGUGAAAUUGUAUUUUGUUAUACCAAGUACAGAAUUUUCAAGAGUUUCAGUUUAAGCACAAUAUAAGAGCUAAAUUCUGCUAUAUUAAAUGCACAUCCCUAAAAAAUCAGUAUAUUGCCUAAUGCUGCUAUUAAAUAUUUGUGCCAAAUGGAAAUCUAGUGGUAAGAAGCAAAAAACAUACUAUCGUAAAUAUGAUGGCCCUUUAGCAAUUGAAAGGUUAAAGGCUGCAUGUCUAUUUCUUAUGCCCAGUAUCAUUCAAUAAUAAAUAUCCAGUAUAUAAAUAUUAUAUUAAUAUUAUUUUACAUGAUGAGCUGCAGUUGAUCUAUAAAGCAAAUAUUGAAAUAAAGGCAAUGGGUAAAUAAUGGUUCUUAGCAUAUAUGUUUAUGGAAGUAUAAAAAGCAUGUUGCCUUUAUUUUGUUUUUGUUUUAACUCUUUGUAAGAUUAUUCUGACUUCAGUUGACUCUGUGCUUAUCUUUGUAUGUGAGUGACACAUAUUGUAGCAUGCAAGUAAGCAUUUCAUUUUGCUACUGUGCAUAUGACGAUAGACUUAAGUUAAAGAAAGCUGCAUACAAAAUCCAAAAGAAAGGAAAAAAAACUGUGCUGUGUUGAAGUUGAGACUUGCUCUAUUGUGUGUAGCAUUCAUCCUCUUUUUUCAUAUAAUUAGUGGAAAUGAAUGACAUAUAGUGGCUGCAUAAAGAAAUGCAAAUUUUGCAGUGAUCUACUGAAAGUAGGCCUAAGGAAGCAAUACUGUUAAACAGAUCUAUUAAAUGCACUUAAGAUAAAUAUAUAUUUUUGUAUAUAAGAAAAUACUUUGUGAAUAGACUUUAGUAAGUGUUGUUUCAGGGUUUGUAAUUUAAAAUUCGGCUAUAAUGAUUUUAACCUUAGUGCAAUUGCAAUAGAAUAAAAUGGUAGGUGACACUGUUGAACAUGCGUAAUGCUUUGAUAAAAUUUUGAGUUAAGGAAAAAAUCAACUGUUAAAUUGUGCACUAUUCGGUUCACUGUACUGCUAUUAAAAGCAGCAUUUGAUCUUGUACACAUUUUAUUAAUGAGUAGAUUAAUACACAUUUUAUGCAGACUUUUGAAAGAUUGGUUUUAUAAAUUUGAAAUCACCUAAUACUUGGUGAGAUGCUGCAGGAAUAUUAAAAUUCAACAGAAAAUAUAUAUGUUAAGAAUUUUUUAAAUUUAAAUCAUGGAUGUUUUACAAAACGUGACUCAGUUAGUUAUCAUUUUUUAAAAUAAACCCAUCAAGUGAAAAUCAUAUUUUUCCUCUUGAUUUAUAAAUAUGUAGUCAUUACAUUUACAAUUAAAGAAAAGCUCACAGUUGCUCAUAAAUGUAACACACAAGGUUUUUCAUUUUAUGUUUGAUUGAGUGUACUCUGUAAUACAAUAUCUCUGGAUAGAUUUCCUGCCUUACAUAUGGUGCUAGCAAGAUAGGCUGUAACCCCUGUAACCCUGUAUUGUGAUAAGCAGGUUCUGAAAGUUAAUAUUUACUUAUUUUUCUAAAUAGUGUGUCAGCUUGGAAGUAUAAAUGUGGAAAAUAAUUUGCUCCUCCAAAUGUUUGACCAGUAAAACUGAACUGUUUCUUCAAGAUGUUAGCACACACUAAAAUCCCACUGAAAUUUAAACGACCCAUCCACCUUCCACAUCUGCUGUGUACAUUUCAGGCUAAUGUGGAGACGGGAAAACCAGUCUAUUGCACACCCUCAUUCAUUGAAACUGAUGCAGUGUAUAGACUCCACUUAAUCAAAUAUGUGUGUAAAUGUAGGAGUAAACAGGAGUACCUGGAGAGAAAAAUCCUCACAGGUGUGAGAAAAUCACGUAUCGUCUCCAUCCAAGCCUUCCAUU